UAAUAAGUGUCAUUAGUAAUCUGUGCUUCGCAGCACUAGUGGUCUGUGAUAUGUUGUCAUUUAUGUAAUUUGUCAAUGUCAUUUACCGUCGUUGAUGCUGUCAACUCCUGUCAGUUCAUCAUUUCAGUUCGAUCUGCAUUCGCGAAAUCGCGAUAAAAGUUCGAACAGCAAGUUUGAAGUGGCACUUUGCUUUAAUACAAUUAGAAUAAAAGUAAUUCAUGCGUGUAUUUACGAACUUCACAAUCAGAAGUUGUAAUAACUGUAAACGUUUUUGUUUGUUGCUAUUAAAUCAAUAGUAUAGACGAUUCAGGAAGAUGGAAGAUUUGAAGAAAGUGUACAUGACUCCCUUGCCGGACUCGCCUUACGUUCGGCCGUUCCGGUUCAACUACACGCAGGGAGGCAAGGAGAAGAACUGGGAUAUGCUGGAGGUGCACGACAGCGUGGCUAUCAUCGUGUUUAACGUGACCAGGAACGUGUUGGUGUUCGUCAAGCAGUUCAGACCCGCGAUAUACUUCAACAGCGUGCCACCCUGCGACCGGGAAGACGAGGAGAUCGACACGGAGAAGUACCCGGCCUCCUUGGGCAUCACGCUGGAAAUGUGCGCUGGUAUCGUGGAUAAGAAGAAGUCAUUACAGGAGAUAGCUAGGGAAGAAGUGCUGGAAGAGUGUGGGUAUGAUGUACCCUUGAAGGAGCUGCAUCAGAUUGCGUCUUACAGGGCGGGCGUCGGUGUUCAGGGUUCAUUACAAACAAUGUUUUAUUGCGAGGUCACCGAUGACAUGAAGAAAGGGAAAGGUGGAGGUGUCGAAGAUGAAAUUAUAGAAGUUGUAGAAAAAUCAAUAACUGAAGUAGAGAAAUGGAUCUCCGGGCCGGGUCCCCUGAACAGCCCGCCUUCCUGCCUGUUCGCGCUCAUGUGGUUCCUACGAAACAAGGCCGACAGAUACAGGAAGUAGGUCAAUUUGUUUGCAAUGCAGUGUAAUCCCGGCUACUAAGUAUGCGGUCUAAUUAGUGGUAUUGGCGUUUUUAAGUUCAGCUGAAGGUAUCAAGCGCGUUUUAGAUCAUUUUGUCUUAUACUCACCUAAAAUAUGAUUUUAGAGGGUAUGUAGAAUACGGAAAUAUGUUUUAAAAAUUGUACCCUAUUUUUUGAUUAAUGAAAAUUUACUUCAUUAUCGAUACAGCCUUUUUAUAGGCCCUCUGCUGGACACAGGAAACCUCUCACAUGGAGAAGGAUUCAAAAAGUUAACUCAUCGAAACUUAAAAACGCCAAUACUACUAAACGCUAAAACUACUAUUUAUAAAUUAAUUAAAAUGCUAAUUAAUUAUGGAUAAAUGAUAUCUACUUAUUAACAUUUUAUUUCGGUCAAGUCAGAUCAUUUGAGAGAUACUGCGGAGAGUGCAAAGUCGUUGAAAACGAUCCAUUUUUUGCAACAUGUAUGUACGCUGAGUUUUAUUUAUCAUUGUAUUUAUAUUGUUUUAAUUUAAUGCACAAAAUGCAAACAAGUACCCAAGCCGGUCGUUGUAAAAAUAUAGAGUACCUAUUGCUUAAAAUCAGGCAAAACUUAAUUAUUAGAAAAAAAACACAAUUUGGCUUCAGACAUGCAAAAAAGAUAACGAUUCUGUUUUUUUAUGUUGGUAUGUAUUUCAAGGUACAUAUCUAAAUAUAGCCAGUUUCCUGUAUACGUGGUAAAUCGAUGAUAAAAAGUGGUCAAAGUUCAGAUAAACUAUAAACAAAUGAAACAAGUGUUUGGUUUGAUUGAACCUUCGCAUUUUUUCUAUACAUAGGUAUAGAAUUCACAAAUAAUAAAAACUCAACCAAUAUUAUUUUAUGUCUAAUUUCCAUUAAAGUAUCAAAAUUGUUCACAUAAAGUUUAAUGCUAUACCACAAAAAACCUUGACAUUGGCAUUGCUCAUUGUAAUGUUAGUGCAAGGUUGAAAUGCAAAUUAUUUUAUUUCUUUUUACAACGGCCGGAUGCAGGUUUCUUGAAUAUAAUUAUUAGUUAAAAAAAUAGUACUUUGAACUUUUAGUUCAGAUGUAAAUGCUGUACUAAUAUAUCUUGAUACUUGCUGAAGAGGAAAUGAAGUACUUUAAACGUUACAUCACGAACAUUUAUGACAAAUUCGUGCUGUUUUGAGUUUUUCUUUGACAUUAGAAAUAGUUAUUACGUGAUUUUGUGACGUUUUUAGGGAAGUCUCUUUGUAUGAAAGUUCAGUCUAUUCAGUAAUUCUUAUAACAAAUGUUUCUUUUGUUUUAUGUUUUAGUAUUCAAAACCUUAUAUUACUGUUAUUGACCGCCCCGUUACAUCUAUCAGCAAUAGCAGAUUGCUUGAUAUCUUUGAAAUCUAAAUAAAUUCUACAAAGUAUCAAGAUAGACUGGUCCAUCUAUAGGUCUUGAUCCUAGUGUCGCUAGGCUAUCUCGUAAUUAUGGUAAUAAUUGCGUAAACAAUUAGUUGCUUGCAGUUUAUAUUACACAUUAUAGAUAACGCAUUGAAGGUAUGUAGGUAUGUACUUAUGUACAUUCGAGUUGGAUAUUUUCAAUUUUAUUGCUUGAGUAUCAGUUUCCCAGUAGAAUAAGUAUAUUUGUUCAAUGAAUUUGUUCCUUUAGAAUAAUCGUAAUAAAAGACAGGUCUUGAAUGUAUGAUGUAGCUUGCCGCGACAAUUGGUUAACACUUCCGUUACAAAAUCAUUAUUAUCCGUUUGAUAUAAAAAUAAAUCAACUAUUAUUUAUGUGAAUUUGAGUGGACCCCUAUAACAAUCCAAAAAAAGGUGGCUAAAUAUGCUUUAAUAACUAAAACGUGCCUUAGAAAAAUAAGUGUUAAUCAAUUUUCGUUGCUGGUUGUACCGUUGUGUUGCUGACAAAUGAAGAUUCUAUCAAAAUGUGUAAAUGCUUAGACUAGCGCUGGUUUUAUUGUUUCUGAUAUGCAUUAUGUGCUAUAUUGUCCCGAAAAAAUAAAUCUAUCUAUAUAAAUAAAAAUGAAUUGUUGUUCGUUAGUCUGAUUAAAACUCGAGAACGGCUGGGCCGAUUGAGCUGAAGGUGAACGAUACGAAGUUCGCAGGAUCAGCUAGUUAUAUAUAAAAUUUUUCAACACUUACAUUCACCUACAUUGUCAAUGAAGUUGAAUGUACUACACCUUGCUCAUCAAUGCCAAUUAAGGUUAAUUCUUUAUUGUAACAUUUUAGUAAUUUUUGUAUGUCUUUCAGAUCAAUAAAACGUCAGUUACUAAACAUAACUAAACAUUUUACUGUCGCUCAAACUACAACCUACCCCAUGGUGCUCAAAUAGGCUAGGAUCAUAUUUCUGACCAAAUGCGAGUUCCAUCCAUUAUAAAGCAAAAGGAAACUUAUUUAAAAGCUUAAAGCCGAAAUUGGCUUCACAGUCAAUAGGACUAUACAAGCACCCUUGAUAUUUUUGACACUAAAAAUUGGCUUAAAACUGCACCCUAAAAUACUUUAGGCCGUAAGAUAGUACAAAUGAGCGUGAAUUAAGCAAAUAUAAUCAUAAUGCACAUAAAAUAUUUGUAAUUGAAAUUAUGUAAGAUUCUCUAUAACUCUAUAAGAUUUAAAAUGCAAAGGCUAUAAGCUUUUUUUAAAAGUAGUGAAAUUAACACUUUAUUUCAAUAAAAAGCUAAAGAAAAUAUUUUGUGCAUGGCCUAAAAUUAUUAUUGUUUGAGCUGUUUUCAGAUUUUUUGAGAUUGCUUAGAAAUUAUUUUCUCUUGUUAAUGUUAUUUUACAUUUCAGCAUCGGACGACUGAAGAUUCGGUCGAAAUUCGAGUCGGAUUCAUUUGUAUUGUUUGAAGAAAGUGUUAGUAGGUACAGACUUGCUUGUAAAUAAUUUUGAUAUGUAUGUAUAUUCGGGAUCUGUGUUUUUGCUAUUAGGUACAUUAUAUUUAUGAUGUGAGUUUAUUGGUACAUAAUAACUGUGAUUAUAUUGCCUUUCUGUGAUUAAAUCUUGGAAUGAAAA